AUGGCGAAGAAAAGCAGAGUGAGGGCCCUUCUGACCGCAACAACCAGGGCCGAAGUACCACCAACUAUUGAGGCGCAGCCUGCCGUUGUGGCCCUCCCUUCUCAACAACCGUCUUCAUCGCGCCGAACCAAGCGCGCCCGAACCAGCGAGUCCGAACCAAGUUUGGUUGAUGAAGAUGAGACUGUUACUCCACCAAUCUUGCCACCGAGCCCCCAACCGGAACCCAUCGACCGAACUACCACCAGUUGGGUCGGUUCUCGCAGCGUACGGGGGUAUGGCUCCAUCACCGCGCGAGAAUGGUAUGGUGAGCUCCCGGAGGCCGUCCGGGAUUUAGUGGACUUGGCAGGAUUCGGGACCUUCUGCACUGGAUUAUCAUGUUGUCCUGCCAGGAGGGCAUUGAUGGCAGCCUUGGUAGAGAGAUGGUGGGACACCACCAACUCCUUUAAUUUCUCUGCCACUGGAGACAUGACCAUGACACCUCUGGACUUUGCUGUGCUGACCGGCCUGGAUACAGGAGGUUGGGCCAUCCCUUAUGAUGAGGACAUGGACGAGUGGGAGGCCGCUUGGAUGUAUCUUUUGGGGGCUCGCCCGCCUGCCCGGGCUCAGGCUGCAGACGCCCCUUCUACUAGUAGAGCUGGUACAUCUAGAGGUAGGGGUAGAUCGGUUCCUCCAACUCCUCCGACUUAUCCUCAUCCUGGAUGGCCAGAUAUGCCAACUGAGUUGAUGGCGUGGCAGUAUGGGGCUAUCUCUCCGACUCCGAUCCCGCUAGAGCCCCCGAUGCCAAGUGAUCGAUACGCCAUUGAUCCUGACUCACCGCUGCCAUCGCGAGGGUACGUGGAGGAGGUGGUUGGACUGGUGGCCACACUCGAGGGCAUGGUCCUGCGGAGGGAGGCACAGUUGUCUAUCGCGGGCAUUCAGAUGCCUUCAUGGUCCGGUCAGCCGCAGACCAGGCCACCUGGGCCUCCUUGGGGAGCUGGGCCAUCUGGGCCUUUUCAGGGAGUUGGGUCACCCGGGCCUUUUCAGGGGGCGGGGCCAUCUCGGCCUUCCCGAGGAGCCGGGCCAUCUAGGCCUUUUCGAGGAGCUCGAGGAGGGUCUGUCCGCAGACGCAGGGCUCACGUUGUAGAGGUGGAGCCUGAUGAGGAGGAGGAGGAUGCUGAGGAGGAGGAGGAGGAGGCUACCGACCGUCAGUCAGAGACAUCUGCUGAGGAGGGGGGCUCCGGUUUUGGCUCGGGGAAUAGAGGCGAGGCUGAGGGGGAUCCUGAGGAUGACAGCUCCGACCCAGAUGAUGAUGAUGGCGCAGAGGUUGUUCCGCAGAAGAGGAUGAGGAGUGCUUCUCAUUCCCGCUCCCGAGGACAUUGAUGCCGCUGUUUCCUGCUUUAUUUUUCUUUUUGCCAGUAGUUUGUAGCACUUUGCACAUUGUUAGGCAGUUUUAUUUUUUGUAAAAUUUGUACCUUUGUUUGUUGUAAAGCAUGAUGGAAUGAAAUAACU